CUCUCCCUCACUCCAUCAACAUGUGCGGCGGCGCUAUCAUCUCCGAUCCCGUCGUCGACACCACCUUCUCCGACCUCCUCGGCCUCGACCACAACCUCUCCGCCAAUUCUUCACACCCCUCUCAAGUCAAAAUUGAGAGCCCCGACGGCUGUGAAGAAGCUCCGGCGGCGGCGGCGGCGGCGGAGGGACUUGCCGGUGAAGUGAAGAAGCCUAAAAAAAUUCGCAAAACCAAAUACAGGGGAAUCCGGCAGCGGCCGUGGGGAAAAUGGGCCGCCGAGAUUCGAGACCCACAAAAGGGCCUCCGUGUUUGGCUCGGUACCUACAACACCGCCGAAGAAGCUGCCAUAGCUUACGACCAAGCCGCCGUAAGAAUCAGAGGCAAAAAGGCCAAACUCAACUUCACUCACCCACCGCCGCCGCCACCGCCACCGCCGCAACAACAUCUCCCACCAAACAACAUCCAACCCACCUUGGAAUCAAUUUUGGGUCUCUACCCCUCGCCCCCGGUGGAGCCCUCGGCGGACCCCUGGUGGGUCGAUGAUCUUCUCAUAUAUCAACAACAAAAUUUUCAACUCUAAAAAUACCCGAAUAAGAAUUUCUCCUACCCGCCAUUAAAAAUUUGACAACUAAAAUAAAUAAAUAGAUGUCAGAUUUUAUCGACGAACACAUCCAUCAACCGAAGAAAUUUGUCGAGUUAGGUUACAUGUUUUAGUUACAAUAUGGUAUGUUAAUGAGAUAAUGUUACGGAUGAGACAAAGAGUUUAUAAAAAUUAAGAUAUUAAAUUGGGUGUGUUUUUGUGAA